GUUUAUGUAGGAGAUAUUUAUAUCUUUAUAUCAUACAUGGCUGUGUAGAGGGUUGGGUGACGCCGGUCUGUAGUGUACAUUCAUAUAAACAGGUCAGCCCUGAACACUACAGAGACAGAUGAUGGCAUCCGAUGGCCAAGACACAGAUCAUACGGCCCUUGUGGAGAUCUACAAUGAAAUGAACGAACCAAUGAGAAGCGUCGACACAAGCACUGAACGGUUCCUGCACAGUCCUCCUUCAUACGAGGAUGCCACGGAUUCUGGCGAAUGUGUUCCCAAAGAGUUGUACUGUGAUGCAUCCGGGGAAAAUUCAAACGAUGAAGAGACCGAGGUUCUACUGGACAUUAACGAGAAGCAGAGGAUGGCCAUCUUAGAGGCGAUAGAGAGUCUGAAGAAGGAACAGGAAGCCAUUAAACAGAUGCAGGAGCAGCAUGGUUGGCAUAUCAAGGAGUUGCUGGAUAGGGAGCCAUGCGUGAAGCGACAGUUCCAGUCCUUCAGAAAACAGCUGCCCCCUGCAGACAAAUCCGUCGAUACCGACAGGGCGGUAACUCCAGUCUUUCCCAGGCGUAUGAUGAAAACAGGGGACGCCGGGAACCGCUGCAGCACCGAUCACGUCUACCUCCAGCUGGAGCAGCUCUACGCCAACCUGAAAGUCUUCCACUUUCCCAUGAAGACCCUCCAGACCGUGCUUGACGCCUCCCAGGGGAAGAGCGGCCAAGACUCCGGGGUGUUCAGUGAGAUGAACAUGCUCAAAGAAGAGAACAGCAAGCUUAAACUCAGCGUCCACAGUUUAGAAGAAAGACUCAAAGCCCAGGAGCAGCAGAUGUCAUGCAGUUCCCCACCCCUCCCCGAGUACCCACCCACCGCCUGCCCUCCCCUCCCCUGCAAGAGAAACGAUAAGGAUUCGCCCUACAAGGAAAUGACGUUUAUAGCAGGCCGGCCCACCGUACCCCAGGCGAUGCCGACGCUCCUGCCGGACAUCAAGGUCAUCGAGAUGACCUUCACCUGGACCAUCUCAGAUUACCGCGCCAAGCUCAGGGAGGAGAGGAUUAGUGGGAGGAAGGAGUUCUCUAGUCCCUUUUACCUGUCGCAUUGCGGAUACAAGGCCCAAAUGGAAUGUUAUUUAAACGGUAAUGGCACGGCGACAAACAGGUGUAUGUCUGUGUUUCUGAGGGUCAUCAAGGGGGACUACGACAGGCAUCUGAAGUGGCCAGUCAACCUUCAUCUAGUGGUCAUCUUAGUGAAUCAAGCAGGGAACAACUACAAGUCUUUGAAAGCCGGAGGUAACCAGUUCCAGUUCGCCAGGCCGUGCAGCUCGGGGGAGGAGGAAGGGGACUGCUGGGGGCUGGUGGAGUUUGUCAGUCACGAGAUGAUUCAGCAGAGGAACUACAUCAAGGACGAUAAGAUCAUCCUCAAGUGUAGGGUCACUACCUUGUAACUUUUGUGUAGGGUCACUAUUUUGUGUAGGGUCACUAUUUUGUGUAGGGUCACUAUUUUGUGUAGGGUCACUAUUUUGUGUAGGGUCACUAUCUUGUAACAUUGUGUGUAGGGUCACUAUCUUGUAACAUUGUGUGUAGGGUCACUAUCUUGUAACAUUGUGUGUAGGGUCACUAUCUUGUAACAUUGUGUGUAGGGUCACUAUCUUGUAACAUUGUGUGUAGGGUCACUAUCUUGUAACAUUGUGUGUAGGGUCACUAUCUUGUAACAUUUUGUGUAGGGUCACUAUCUUGUAACAUUUUGUGUAGGGUCACUAUCUUGUGAAGUUUUUGUGUAGGGUGACCUUUUUAUGAAGUUAUUGUGUAAGGUCACUAUCUUGUAGUUUCAUGGAGUAUAAGAUCAUCCUCAAGUGUAGGGUCACUAUCUUGUGAAGAUUUUGUGUAAGGUCACUAUCUUUUAACAUCACUUUGUUGAGUCAGUAUCUUGCAGUGUCAAUGUGUAGGAUUACUUUCUUGUAGUGCCAGUUUAUGGGGGUCACUAUGUUGUAUGUCAUUGUGAAGAUUCACUAUCUUGUAACGUCAUUUUGUAGGGUCACGUUCUUGUUACGACAUUUUAGGGAGUAUACGACCAUUCUCAAAUAUAGGGUCACUAUUUUGUGACACCAUUCUAGGAGGCUACGAUCAUUGCUUAAAAGUAAUGAGACAUCUUUUUCAAAAUUAUAAUUUUUGAAAGAAUGUGUAUUUAAACUACCAAUAUAACCUGUACAUAUAUAAAUAAAAUAUAGAUAUUUAUAAUGUUUUAAAAAUAUGUAUUGUAUAUUUAAUCAAUGCAUAAUUACAAUUUAAUUUUUUUAAAAGAUGAGUCUCUUGAUAUAUUGUAACUCAUGAACAUAUCUUAUUAGAUACAAGUCGGACAUAUAGUCCUACUUUAAACUAUUAUAUUAAUUCAAAGCUGUAUAUACUGGCACUCUUCUUUGGUGUAUUGAAGGCAAAAUAAUUAGGCAAUAUAUAAAUAAACAUAUUGUCAAUGCAUGUAAAUAAAAAAAUAAAUAAAAACAAUUUAAAACAAAUAUACUCUUUCUCCUGAGUUGUCAGUAACUAAAUGUAACCAAUAAUUUUUUGUUUUGUUUUUGCCUCAGACAUGUAAUUUACAGCAUCGGUUUGCUUUGUUCGCUUAAGUAUUGCAGUUAUAAGAACUAAUACAGAUUUACAAUAGUUAAGUGGCAAAUUACAUUUACCUUUUCAACAAAUGAUUCAAACAUUUUGAUCAACUGCUUAAAAGGCAGUUACAAGAGUUUCUCCACUUGCUAACAACACCUAAAAGUAAUAGCCUACUUGAUAAGCUUCGUAGAUUGGUUUUGCUUAUUUAUUUUAUAAAUUGUUCCUUAAAUGACUUUUUUAACACAUGUUUUUAAAUUAAACUAUAACAAUCUUAGACAAUGUUAUUAGAAUUGUGCAAUGAAAUAUGAAAAUGCA